CUUAUACCAGCCCAAAUCACCUCACGGAAAUUACCCGUGUUAUUAUUCAUUCAUAGCUCCUACACAUCCGAUAUUACACAAGAAAUAUUCAGUCUCAAAUAUCACUACCUCAACCGUUUCGACACUCGUAACAAAGUGCAUCCUUCAAAAAAAGCAACCGAAGUUCUUUGAUUGGCUACCUCCAAACCAAUUACGGUGCAACCACUAGGUAUCCUCGGCGCGAACCGACAGGACAAUGCAGGGAUGAGACGAAACCCCCUGGCGGCAAUCUGAACACCAGACGAGUCGAGUUUCAACCCCGUCAAAUCGGAUGAACAUGAUCUUUACAUUGGAGAUCAGUUCCGCACGGUCCAAAAUGUUUGACAGAUUCAGCGCGCGCUUUGAAACUAUUGGAAACCUCCCGAAUCCCCCUUUCCUGUGCCGCUUAAUUUGAGAGGCUGCCGUGGUGUGUUGUACGAUGGUUGGGCUUUUAUAUUUACCUUGAUUUCCACUUUUGGGGGUAUUUUUGUAAGAGAAUUGACAGUCUUGUUCAUUCUGCUCUUGAUAAUUCCGUUCCUUUCGCUUGUGUUUAUCUUCGGCUGCUGGACAUUCUCUGCUGGGCAGUUACAUUCAUUUUAUAGCUUCAUUUUAUUGCAUUCAUUCUAAGAGAGUUUUGACAAGAUGACUGCUUUACAAGUCUUUUUUCUUAGUGCCUUAGCUCUCACUUUAGCGUCGCCCAUUCAGCCACGAGUCGUCGCUUCUCUCAAUCAAGCUGCAUUCGAAGAAGCACAGCAAAGAGAUGCUGCAGCCACACGUGCAUUUUCUUCAACAGCAAUCAAAGUAUGUUAUGGUUGAGUUGUCAUUGUGAGAUAAGUAGCUAAUUGUUAGACUUCUACUGGACAAUGUCUCGCAGUUGACCAGUUAUCCGGAGACUUUCGAGCAAAUUUGACACCCAUCAAAGUUGCUGAAUGUGACGGAAGUACAGGACAGCAAUGGGACAUCAUCACGGCCGGAAAGCAUAAUGACAAAGCUGGCACCAUCCUCGUCGUCAAUACUCUGGUAUGUUGGAGUGGUGGUUUCUCAAAUCUCCGCAUGCUGAUCAUGUCAAGACUCAAGCAUGUAUGAACUUCGAUCCACGUCGAGCUGCAGGAAACACGGUUAUCAUGUUCUCUUGUGGUGGUAGAGCUGAUGGAGGUAAGUCGUAUCACUACUUACAUUCAUGAUCCUUCCUAAUGUGAGUAGGUGGUGCUAUCACCAAUUCCCAGCAAUUUGCUUUUGCUGGAGGAGCUGGGCCUGUAUCCUUUGAGCCUCAAAAUGCUCUCGGAACAUGCUUCGCAGCGACUGCUGGAAAUGUCCUAGACCAAGCACCAUGCAAAGCUGGGGAUGCGUCCCAAACCUUCACGUUCGAAGAUGGAGCCUCAUCCUCCCCAACACCAGCACCAGUACCAGCAAAGGUCAACACAGCGAAACCUGCUGCGUCGUCGGUUGUUGCUUCCUCUGUUGCAGCCCCUAACUCAGCAAUCACUCAAGCACCUCUGACAGGCGGCAACCCAACAACCGCCGUCCCCGUCUCUCGCGCAGGCGGUAUCCUCCAACCCUCAGCAGCAGCAGAAGCCAACAAAAAAGACACAACCGCAACCCUAGCCUUCACAUCCUCAUCUCUAAAAUCCUCAACCGGCGAAUGUCUAACCAUCGACCCCUUAGCCGGUGACUUCCGCCAAAACCUCAUUCCCGUAACCCUCUCUGCCUGCACCGGGGCUCCCGGCCAAAAAUUUGAUCUCAUUGCCAAGGGACUACAUAAUAACGCUGCGAAUUCGACGUUGGUGGUUAGUAGUUUGACGAAUGGGUGUUUAAAUUUUGAUGAUCGAAGGGCGAAGGGGGAUACGGUCAUUUUGUUUUCUUGUGGUGGGAGAGCAGAUGGGGAGGGGGGGACGACUGGGAGUCAGCUUUUUGCGUUCGAUGGGGGAGACGAGAUCCUGCUGCAGCCGCAGAGUGGGAACGGGGCUGUUUGUUUGGCGCCUAGUGGAAGGAAGUUGGAUUCGGGUGCUUGUACGGGGGAUGCUGGGCAGAAAUUUAGCAUCGAGGGCUGA